CAGAAAUCGUUCCUGCUCUCCAUGCUGUGCAGCAAUAUUGCGUUGUCAUACGUAAGCAUGUCGCUCAUUUUUAAAAAGAAAAUGUUUUUUGUGUCAGUAUAAUAUUUACCGCCCGCCAGAAUGAGUAACUUUUGCAGAGAGGUCAUCACGCUUCAGCUCGGUCAUUAUUCCAACUUUGUGGGCACUCACUGGUGGAAUUUACAGGAUGCGUCUCUGUCUUACGACCCAGAGACGCCACCUGGAGAGCUCCAGAGUGAUGUCAUGUUUCGAGAAGGCCAAACUCUCGGUGGGAGCAUCACCUACACUCCACGCCUCAUUGCCAUGGACCUUAAAGGAAGUCUGCAGACUCUACGGCAGGAGGGAAGUCUGUAUGAAAGUGGCAAAGACAAGUCUGCUCUUUCCUGGGAUGGCAGCCUGAUGAUACAUGAAGAGACUCCCCCUGCAAAGAACUCCUUUCUCGAAGACCUGGACAAGUUGGAUUGCGGGGACAUACUGACUGAGGCCAGUUUUCCUUCCAAUUCCCAAACUCACUGCGAGCGUUCUCCGAGCGUGGAUACUGUGAACAGUCGGCUCGCCCGAGUCCAGAAGAACUAUAACCUGGAGGGCAGCGUCAAGGUCUGGUCUGACUUCCUUCGCAUCCACUUGCACCCGCGCACCAUCUCCGUUAUCCACCAGUACAACCAUCAUGGAGAGGCUGACCGUUUGGAAACAUUUGGCCAGGGGGAAGCACUGCUGCAGGGUGCGUUGUUGGAGGAUCUGGACGACAAAUUGCAUUUCUUUGUUGAAGAGUGUGACUACUUCCAGGGCUUCCAGGUGCUGUGCGACCUGGCCGACGGCUUUGCAGGCCUGGGCUCAAAGGUCACGGAAAUGCUGCAGGACGCCUACGGUGGUCGAGGCAUCCUAACUUACGGGAUGGCGCCCGUCAGUCACCCGAAUUCAACUCCAAUGAAGGACCUCUACCAUGUGUUGAACUGUGCGUUAGGGAUGGUCCACAUGGCCAGUCACAGCUCCUUCUUCUGUCCGCUGACGCUGCGAGGAGGACUGGGCCUACGACCGUCCUCUCCUGUUAGCUUCCCUUACCUGAACUAUGAUCCGUCACUUUGGUACCACUCCAGCUCUGUCCUGUCUCUGGCUCUGGACGCGCUCACCGUGCCGUACAGGCUGAGGAACAACUGCAUCCCCAUGUGGGAGCUGGCAGACUCGCUGUCUACGUCGGGCAGAAAGGUGGUGGCAGCUUACGGUGUCGUCCCGUUUCCAAUAAUGCACGGCAGCUCCCUCCCCGAUGCCCUCGGCGUGCACGCUGACUCGUUGCCGUGGAAACCACUGUCGACGUGCGCCGAAUCAGCCGACGGUCGAUGCUACGGCCAGUGGGUGACACUCAAAGGCUUGGAGGGCCAACAACUCAUUAGUUCUGUUGCUCCAGGGACGGAAGCGCCAUCUCCUUUCCACAACCUCCACAGCGGGGAAGACAUCCUGGCAUCCUAUAUUUCAUCUUUCUAUCCAACAGCCCCGCUGGCUCUACAGGUGGUCUCCUGUCCCAGUAAAGUGACCCCACCUUUCCCACGGAUAUUCAGUCAUUCUCUCACCGAUCGAGGUCUUGACAACAGCCAAUUGCUUGCAACCAGUUCGCCGUUCGCCCAACCUGUCAUCACCUCAGUGCCGGUCAUGACGUCUCUCCAGUCAGGGCCCGCGCUGGACCCGUGGCUCUCGGCGUUGCAUCGCAGCGUCAGCGCUUUCGACAUCCGGCGCGUGGCUCCCAGCUUUCUUUCCCAGGGCCCCGAAACGGCUGACUACAGCGAAGCCCUUGAGCAGUUGCGCUUAUUGGCUCGAAAGUACCGAGAUGACAGCGGCGGGGCAAUGCGGUCGUCUUCUGAGGAUGACGACGAUUGACCCGGAUUGGUGUUGGCAUGACGAGUCACUCGCUCUGCCCUUAAAGAACCAAGACGCAUUCAUGCGGUGAUUGGAACUGUCAAUUAGUUUGCUGUGUUGGUAAACUACAACAGCAGUCGGUAACCUUUUGCGCCUCGGUAGACUGAAAGUACAAAAUUAUAUGUAUUGGAAUAAAGUCAGAGGGAGCAUUAUGGCCUCAUUCAAUAGUAAGUUAGAUCAUGUGAUUCAAUCAAUUUAAGAUCAAUAUGGCUUGAUACUUUUUACUUUUCCAUGACAUACUGUAAGAUUGUUAAAAACAACCCGGUACUGUACAUUUACAGAAAUGUGUAAUAUUGCCCUUGGUGGCACAUGUAAAAUAUUUGCAUAUGAAAUGUAUUUUAUACACUGGAUUGUUGCUGUAGAUGAGACCCAAGAUAUUAAACAGCCAGUCU